AUGGAUUCUCAGCAGUCCCAGGACUCGCACAGUCCACCUGUGCCUUCGAACUCGCUUCCUCUUGGGCGACGCGGAUCACACGACUCUAUGGCCACGACUCAGACUGAACGAGAAUCGAUGAAUGCAGCUCUGGAUAACUACCAUAAUGCAGCGUAUCAGUCCGAAUCGCUCACUCUCUUCAACGACUUCACUAGCCCGCCAGAUCCAGCUGCUACAUCAGACGAGAAAGGACUGUCUGACGAGUUACAAGGUGGACUAAGCGGUCUGUAUAGUCGCUUCAGGACUUCCGUCGGGGGAGUGAGGGAUAUUGUCAGCGGUGGCGGAAAGUCUACAGACAAAAAUGCAACAGAAACUCCUGCAGUCAAGGGUCCUUUGUCGGAGCCUUCGACGGCAAAACCAGUCUCAGAUCUUGCUACAAGCUCCGUCGACUACCCGCCAUCACAGCCCAACUCGUCACAAGGAUCAAGGCUCCACUCACCUGUUGUGCCGGAGUUUCACACUCAUCAAGAUUUUGUACAACCAUCGAACGUAGGAAAGAGAUCAAGAAUAUCCUCCAAAAGUGGCAGCAUAUCUUCCAAGGCCUCUGUGUCGCCAUCCCCUGGAAUCAAGCCCAGUAUCGCUCCGUUAACGAAAGCCACUGGUAGCGCCAUCGUGGCAGAUCCUGCUGUCACCCAGCUUCAUGUGAACGUAAUUGGAAACCCCGACCGCUCAAGAAGCAGCUCCGUCAAUGGCCCCUUCCAGGGAAACCAUAAUGCAGGAUUGAUAAGUAUCGGCAGCAAGGAAGGCCCUUUGGAUCUUUCCAUGAGUCAAACGUCCUCUUCAUUGAAUCAGAACCUUUCUAGCUCGCCGGUUCUGUCUGCAAAGAUGCAUGACAGCUAUCAUGAGGAAGUUAACUCCAAAGACUCACUCUUCUCGGCAACCUAUACUCCAGAUAACCAGUCUCGGAAGUCCAUCUCUACUCCAGAUCAACAAAUGCUGCCCGAAAAUACCUUACAAUCAGCUAACAUGGAAAAUUACAAGCAAUCUGAGCCACUGCAGGACCAUAUAUCACAGCAUUCGGAAGAAAGAAAAUCACGAACAUCUUUCCCUUCUGAAGAGCCGAAAGCUUCAGUUUCUGUGUCAAAUAGUCUAUCAACGCUUUCCUCCCAUGACGAAGUACCAUACAACACUGAAAGACUCCAAACCAACAUGGAGACAAAUAUUCCUCGUGACAGCGUGAACCCCAAUGAGCCUCCAAAGGUCACAGCCCCCGGCAGGUCGAAUGAAGAGCCAGCGUCCUCAACCCGAGCAGCGCGAUUGCCUGGCUACGUGAUUUCACGGGCCUCCACAGCCGAAACUACCACAACGGUCUCUUCAUUGCCCCCUUUGAACACUGAAUUCGAUCGGGCUACUGGUCAAUCUCUACCAGCUAGGCGCCAACCUCCCGCCGGGGGCGACGGUCUUUUGUCACAGUUGAGGAGUAAAUUGCUUAGCCGGGACUUCUGGAUGCGAGACGAGAAUGCCAAAGACUGCUUCUAUUGCGGAGAACCUUUCACGACAUUUCGCAGAAAACACCACUGUCGAACAUGUGGUCAAAUCUUUGAUUCGAAAUGCACUCUUCUCAUUUCGGGCACACGGUUCGGGCAACCUGGAAGUAUUCGGGUUUGCAAACCCUGCGAGAAGAUGAUCAACGCGCACGACGAUGAUUCAUCUGAAUUCUCCGAUAGCGAGCAGAGCCCCAUAGUGGCCAAUCCUCGAGUCUCCGAACUCGGCUGGACUAAUACUGGGCGGGCAUCUGCAGAUGACGAUGAUUCAUCUUCGGUUGUAUCUCAGUCGAUCGAUCACGUUCUGAGAACACCGACGAUGGCCAUACCGGCCACACGAAGGGCUGGAGAGGGACAUAACCGCCGGUCGGCGAUCCUUGAAAUUGAUUCUGAUCGCCCUCUAGCACGACCUACCUCUUCGCGCUCUCUGCGGUCUUCGCUGGGGGAAGACCGCACUCCAUCAGUCACAAACGUCACCACUCACGUCAGCAAUAUAUUCGGGGUUUCAAGUCGUAUCAUGAAGAUCGAGCUCCCUUUCAACGCCGACAUGCAGAAGACAUAG